UAUCAUAUACAACAUUAAGUAUUAGGUUUCUUGCAUCCAUUCCUUUAUUCAGAUUCUCACGUUGGACUCCAUUUUUUUUGCUGCUUUCAUGCAUUCUCUAUGUUUGUAUAUAAGGGUAUCCCCUGUUUUUCCAUGAAGAUUAUCAGCCAUCUCUAAUCUGAAAUUAAUUAAUCAACGAGAUUAUCAAAGAUGGCUAAAAACAUUGGCAUUCUUGUUUGUCUUCUUCUUGUGAUUUUGGAUGUUGCUGCUGGUAUACUAGGUAUUCAAGCUGAGGUAGAACAAAAUAAGGUUCAAGACUUAAAGGUGUGGAUCUUUGAAUGUAGAGAUCCAAGCUAUGAAGCUUUUAAGCUAGGAUUGGCUGCAACAGUACUUUUGGUUCUGGCACAAGUUAUUUCUAAUCUGCUUGCUGGUUGUAUUUGCGUCCAGUCCAAGGAAGAGCUGGAUAAGGCCUCUUCUAACAAGCAACUUGCUUUUGCUUCAUUUGUAUUCCAAUGGAUCAUUAUGGCCAUUGCAUUCUCAUUGCUGGUAGCUGGAACAUUGUCAAACGGGAAGGCAAGAAGAUCUUGUGGCAUAUCACACCAUCGUUUCUUGUCAAUAGGAGGGAUAUUGUGCUUUAUCCAUGGACUUUUCUCAGUUUCCUACUACAUCUCUGCUACAGCCACCAUCCAGGAAGAUAAGAAGCUGAAUCAACAAGGAGGUCAUGCAUGAAUACAAAAAAAAAAAUUACUCUCUUCCAAUAUAUGCAGCCUUUGCUAACAGAAUUAGAUCAACUCAGUGCUCUAUACGAGAGAAAUGAAAGAAAAAUAUGUAUGGAGAACUCAUCAUAACCGAGUCCCAUAUCUCCCUUUUAAAAAUUCCUAAUAUUUCAUGUAACAUUUCUUGAAUUUUAUGUUAUUUGUAACUUUUUCUCGACUCUAAUGUAAUUUUAUGUUCAUAAUAUGUCAUAGGCAAACAGUAAUGUGAGUUGCGUUGUUUUCCCAAAAGAAGAAAGAAUGUAUUAAAGCAUUGCUGGUCUGACUCCUACUUUUACUAGUUCAGUAUUCAAUGUAUUUUUUGCAACUACUUUGGGGUCUAAUUGCAAUAUGAUUUCACCGCUUCUUUUCCUAUUAGCAUCCUUGCUGUUACUCAUCUAUCCCUCUGCAUACUAAUACUCUGCUUAACAUUCAAGUACUUAAAUUUGAGUCUGCAGUAAGGCUAUGUACAUUUGUGAAGUUCGGUUUAAACCAAUCCAUUUGUUCAUGUUUCUCUGGUGUUGCAAGCCGGAAGGACUUAAGACAGAAGACGUAGUGAAACUUCAUAACUGAGGUAGAUUUUUUAUGGGAAGCAAAUUAAAGAUUAGUGUAACAUUGAGUAAUGUGGAAUGGUGCAACCAUGUUUAUUGUUUCCAGGCCUCAAUCAAGUGAAAUUCCCAAUCAGAUGCAGCGCUUAGUUGUUUCAGAUUUUAAACAUUCUUCCAAAAUCAUUCUUCACAAUUGAUUCAAGAAGUAUUCGUUAACUUACAGGAAGUAAUAACAUAGUACAGAAAAGAU